ACAGCUUGUCACUUCAGAACUUGCGCAAUUAGCAAUUUGCUUUCCGACACUCCUUAAAAUUGUUGUUGAUGUUUUUAUAAAACGUGCCUUUUGAUAUAAACUAAAAUUAGAAUGCCUUUAGAUUAUAGAAGAUUUAAUGGCCCCGAUGAUAGUAUUUCUUAUCAACGUUUUAAUGCAGACUGUUUAAAAAGUUACGACGAGGUAUAUAGUGGAUUAUUUGAUGAAAAAGGGCAUCGUAAAGAUGGACGCGAAAUGAAAGAGGCGCGAGCCAUGUAUGCUCGGGGGAACUUCGUGUCUCAAGCAAAAGGCUCAUCAUACAUUGAGAUGAAUAAAACUAAAGUUGUCUGCUCUGUUUUCGCCCCAAGGGAGAUCAGUCAUCAAAAUGAGUUCAGUACAGUUGGUCAACUAUUCUGUGAAGUGAAGUUUGCACCAUUUUCCUGCCAUCUUCAAAGACAGCCUCAUGUUCCAGAUGCAGAGGAAAAGGCACUGUCAGUAGCGUUGAGAAAAGCUCUUGAACCUACAGUGUGCUGCCAUUUAUUUGCUAACUUCCAAAUAGACAUAUUUGUAUACAUCCUAGAGAAUGAUGGUGCAUGUUUAGCAGCAGCAAUCACUGCAGCUGGUUUAGCACUAGCCAAUGGUGCUGUUCCUAUGUAUGACAUUAUAACUGCUAGUUCAAUUGCUAUUAUUGGAGACAAGAUGUUCAUUGACCCAACUGAACGUGAAGAACAUUUAGCCUUGUCUAGUCCAGAAACCAAACAAAACCAUGGAGUUAUCACAAUGUCAAGGAUGCAUGGGUUAAAACAAAUCGCUGACUUUCGCCAAAUAGGCUCAUUAGAUGUUGAUUGCAUUCUCAAAGCAACAGAUAUUUUAGAAGAAGAAUGUAAUAAAAUUGUUCCUAAAAUACAAAUGAUACUAGUGCGUUAUAUAAAUAAUGGUAUCAUACAACAAAAGAAGUUAGCUGAAGCAGCAAAGGAACGGGAGGCUGCUUUAAAGAUCAAAAUGAAAGAAUGGAGUUCUUCAAUAAUAAAAAUAUCUGAUUGAUGUUGUUUUGUUUAAAUUUUAGUCCCAUCUGCUUAGCUCAAGUCAAGCCAUAUAUUAUCUUAUCAUUCUCAUAAUAGAAACUCUACAAAUAUUAAAAAAAGUGUCCCAAGCUAACCUAUA